CAAUUGUUCCAUCAAUGAAAAAUGCAAACCCUUACCAAUGGGCAAGUUUGAAUGUACUUUUUCAGAUUGUGGCAUUCCAUCCCAGAAGGGAGUGAAUCUGAGCAGCGUCGGCAGAUGGGAUGGAAUUGGAAUUCAAAGAUUCAUGAAACUUGACUGUUACCAAAAUUACAUUCAGUCUGGUUCACGGAUGUUUGUUUGCGCACCAAACGGACAGUGGGCAACGGACAUGAAAUGUGUUAUCGAUCACUGUGCUUCUUCUCCCUGUAAAAAUGGCGGAAACUGUAAAUCCAAUUCAACAACGUUCUCAUGUCAGUGUGCAUAUAGGUUUAUCGGAAACACAUGUGAAGAGCGACAUAAGAGCUGUAUGGAGAUUUUACAAAGUGACCCAGGCGUGGAAGGAAACGAUGGGGUGUAUUCGAUAGAUGUUAAUGAUCAGGAAAAGAAAGUGUACUGUGACAUGACUACAGAUGGAGGGGGCUGGACGAUUAUCCAAAAACGACAGGAUGGCUCUACAGAUUUUUAUAAAACAUGGGCAGAUUACAAGAAAGGAUUCGGAGACCCAUCCAAAAACUACUGGCUUGGGAACGAUGGGAUUCACUAUUUAACAAUGACAAAUCAAGAACUACGAGUGGAGCUGUUGAGUUUUGCUGACGAGAAAGCGUACGCCCUGUACUCCACAUUUCAAAUUGGAAGCGAGAGCAGUAAAUACCAGCUUACAGUAUCGGGGUAUUCAGGAACAGCGGGAGACAGUUUGAUCCGGUUUCACAGUGGAGAUCAGUUCACUACAUGGGAUCAGGAUAAUGACAGGAGUAAUCGUAACUGUGCAGAAGACCUUCACGGAGCCUGGUGGUACCGGGACUGUGCUAAAUCCAACUUGAACGGGCAGUACGCCGGGUCGGCUGUGUCUGAUCGGAAAUACCCGUUCUGGUAUCAUUGGAAAUCUACUAAAGCGUUAAAAGGGACUGAGAUGAUGAUCAGCCCAAGAAUUAACAUCAAUAUAUACUGCAUUAAUCAGAAAACUAAAUCAUGUCCUGAAUAUGGUUAUUUUACAUCAGAUGAAAAGAGAACAGUAACGGACGGUUGAUAAAUAUGAAUGAAAUUAUCAGGCAUUUUUACAGUCUAUUUUUAUUGAGUAAUGAAAUGAAUCAUUUUGUGUAGAAUGAUUGAAUUGUAUUCCAUUUACUAGUAAAAGUAAUCGGUGAGUGUACCUAUCCAUCUCUAUAUCAAAAACAUUGAUAUGUCCAAUGAUUUCGCCUUUGAUAUCUUUACAAAUUGUGAUUGUAUCCAUUUUUUCAUGAGUGGUCUCCAGUUGUGAACAAUCCGCGGAUGAAUCGUAAUAUAUAUAGUACGUCUAUUGUAACGGAUGCAAGUUUUCCAUGAUGGAAAAAGUAUUAAUUGUGAACAACUUUUAUCUGAUAUUGAUUAAUUAUUGCGAGGGGAUGUAUCUCUUUCGGAAGAGGAAGAUGUGAAGCUUUUUGUUAGUUUUUAGAAACAUGAAGUUUUUUGUUAGUUUUUUAGGAAUGUGAAGCUUUUUGUUAGUUUUUAGAAAUGCAUAUUACCUGAUACAGGUCGUUUACUCAUAAUCUAGCGCCAAGUUAAUAUUCAAUCAUACAAUUGUAACAAUGUAAGCGAUAGGCAUUAUGAUGGUACCAUUAUUUCUCUGUCUUUUGUCACACUUAUAAAUGUUUAAAUAUUCACUUAAACACAUUGUUUAGCGUAUGCAAUUGUAUGACAUUUAUUUCCUAAGAGCCAUUCUCUGUAAGCAUCAAAACAUGUGGAAAACGACUGACAUCGAUUUUGACGAAAUUUUACACAAAGUAUACAUCCUUCAGUCCUGUAAUAAUGACACCUUUGAAAAUGUGCUGUGACUACUUUUCCAUGGCAACAAGACAACCGAUUUUGUUCAAAGACGUGAGCCUCAGUAAAUGUUGAAUUUUGCUUUACAAAAAUGUGUAUAUUCAUUUUUCAUUUAACGUCCCAUUGCUAUUUAAGUAAGCUAUUUUGUGUGUGAUUUUUUUUUUAAAGUUGAUUUGCUGCAACGCCUAAACACGAAAUAUAUGCCCUCAAAUACCAAACAAUUCUACUGAAAAUGUUUGAAAAUUGUUUCAAGUUUGUGCAGAAACACAACCACUGGUGGAUUGUUCUUAAAUGUCAUACUUCAUUUGUUAAAAUCAAUUGAUUUUAAAAUUAAUAUACAUUUGUAGCUCUGACUGGCAGGGUACAUAUUCAAGAUUGGAUGUUCUUAAUGAAACUAAGACAGAAAUGUUUUCUGUGAGGAGUGUAUAGGACUAAGCAUCAUCAUAUGACAACACAAUUGCGAGUCACUGAAAAUUAAGUGAAUCCAACAUGGCUGUAACUUGUUUAAAGAUUGUCAGCUGGAAUGUGUCCACUGAAAAAUCACAGAGGCUGAGACUGUUGGAGAAUAUUUGAUGACCUGUUUUUGAAUUUCUCAUCCCCUUUCAUGGAAGGAACUGUACUCAACUGAACAAUGUAAUUGUAUAUGUUCAUAGUUUACUGAAACGUAUUGAUAUAAAAGCAGAAACAAAUAAUGUAUGUUAGUCAUUGUUUACAAACUCAUUUUUAGAUAAAGCUUGAACAUAUAA